CGAACCACCACAAAAGCUUGAGAAUGCAGCAAUCUUUACGCUUGUCCCUGCUGUUAAUCGUUUACGGAGUUAUUCUCGUUGUCUGGGGAAUCAAUGGCCUAAACAUACCCGAAUGCACUGGCCAAAAUGGAAUCAUCAACAACACCCGUCCCAAUUGCAGUUACCCCUUUAUUAAUUGCUCAGCCCAGGAUUCGUUAUUUUGCUUUGAAACUAACACUUGUAGUGCCAACUUUAUCUGUGGCAAUAUAGACACGCUGGAUAAUUCGACUGCCUCGCCCAACCAGACAACUCCAACGGUUAUAACCACCCCGACACCUUUGGCCACCACCUCAACCACCUCGACCACCUCAACCACCUCGACUUCCAAUAUCCGACGUGACUGUCGUCCGGGUGUAACCAAAAGGUUUAGUUACCCACAGAAUUGUAACUACUUCUACUACUGCGUGGACGGCUUUCUACUUGUGGAACAAUGUCCUAUUGGCUAUGUCUUCGAUCCGGAGAGAGCUUGUGGUGGUCGUAGACGAGAUUCGGCCGAUUGUACGUUGAAAUAAAGAGUUAAUAAGCUA